GGGAAAUUUUGGAAGUCGGUAAUUAUACAAGUUACUAGAACAAGACCGGUGGCGGUGCUUGAUCCGCUGCCGCGGUGGAGGUUGUUGCAUUUUGAACUCUAUAAAAGAUGAAUGUCACGACAGAUUUCGGAUACUCGAUUGACAGUUCGGUUGCGCAAAACAUGCCUUCUUCACCAUGAAGUGGCUGCUCGUGAUUUCGGUUCUCGCCGUGGCAAGUUCGGUUCGGGUGACGUAUUCGAUGGCCGUUGACUCGUUCGGGGAAGAAGUGCUAAAUAGAACAAGUUCGGUGCCGAGUUCUGCGGUUGAAAUUGUGUCCAGCUUUCGAAACUGUUUGGCCGAUAUUGGCUUUGUGGAUUGUGCGAAGAACGUUCUAGUGCGAGUUCUGAACAAUGCCAUCAACAGCAACGCUGUAGUGAGAGUGACCCGUUACCUAGUGAUCAGGAAGAAUCCGGACUUUGCUCUGACGGAAGCAGAGGAACGUACUCCGGUAGAUUGGCAUACGAUUAUAACGAAGAUGCGGGACUUUCUUGAUUCUCGGUCAAUCCAGUUGAGCCUAGUGGCCCCGGAUGGGCGAUCCUUGAUUCCGUUAGGUGCAGAAGCACGAGGAAAGAAGCAUAAGCACAAACACCAAGGUGGAAUGUACAUGAUGGGUGGAGUGGCCUUUAUGGCGAUGAUGGCUCAGCUGGUUCUGGGAAAGGUGGCCCUCCUGGCGGCAGUGGCGCUGAUCAUGGCCAAGAUUGCAUUGGUGUUCUCGACGCUGGUAAAUAACCUUGGUUAUCUUUAUGGUUCGAUAAAAUCGUCGCAAAGUCACCGCUGGUGGUAAGCUAGGGGAAGUGCGAACAGAAUCAAUGACGAGUGCUCUUUGGAACUUUCUUUGCAGAAUGGGUUCAAGAAGGCGGCUGCCGCCAGUGGAGGAGGAGAACAUGUGGUUUAUGAGCACUCCGGGCACGGAUCGGGUGGAGUAGGAGGAAGCGGAUGGCAGCGAAGUAUUGAACCGAAGCGGCAGACGGGUGGGACGGCCGGUGGUGGAGGACAGUGGGAUGAUGACGAGAGUGUUCCGUACAGGAGAAGACGACCAGAUUACGACUACUCGCUGGACGGAGCUUAA